GUCUUCCAAGGCCACCUUACACUAUCCAGUGGCCACCCCAUGGCUCCACGCCUGAUUACUGACCUCAGGCAGUUUCCCUCUCUCCUUCCGCAACCUGGACUUAGAGUGGAAAUUGGACCUCCGGGGCUGUGGUUCUGAAGCUUCUGGACCUAGUGGGUUGCCGAAAACAAAACAAAACAAACCAGUUGGUGUCGAGUUGAUUCCAGCUCUUGGUGACCCAUGUGUUUCAGAGUAGAACUGUGCCCUGUAGGGUUUCCAAUGGCUGAUUUUUUGGAAGUAGAUCACCAAGCCUUUCUUCCGAGGCACCCUCUGGGUGAACUUGAGCCUCCAACCUUUUCGUUAGUAGCUGAGCACUUAACCGUUUGGGCCACCCAGGGACUUCUAGUGGGUUCACAGGCUUCAUAAUCACCCAAAUUAUGGCUCAUAUUUUUUUGGGGGGAGAGACUAGCUUGGAAUCUUGCCACUCUUUAUAGCAUACUUUUAUUGGAAGAACAUAUUUCAAAGUCCCAAAAGCCAAGUUACAACCUGUCAUUGUUUUUUUUUAUUUUUAUUGUACUUUAGAUGAAGGUUUACAGAACAAACUAGUUUCUCAUUAAACAGUAUACACAUUGUUCUAUGACAUUGGUUAAUGACCCCAUAACAUGUCAACACUCUCCAAACCCUCAUUUUUUUAAAUAGUUUUUUAAGGUAAAAUUUACAUAUAAUAUAAUUCACUCAUUUUUCACAGCUUGAUGAAUUUUGGAAUUUAUAGUCAUUUACCACAGUCAGGACAUAAAACAGCUCCUUUGCCCUAAAAAAACCCCGUGCCCCUUUGCAGUGAUCUCCUAUCCCAAGCCCUGGCCCCCGGCAGUCACUGGUCACUAUAAUUUUGCCUUUUCUGGAACGUCAUAUAACCAAAAUCUGGAAUCAUGCAGUAUGCAUAAACCUUCAGUUUUGAAACACAUUCUCUUUUUUUAAGUUGAAAAUUGCCUUGUUGUUGUUAGCUGCCACAUGGAGUCAACUAUGACACGACAAAAUGCUGCCUGGUCCAGGACCAUCUUCACAAUUGCCGGCAUGUUCAAGCCCAUCACUGCAGCUAUUGUGACAAUCCACCUCACCGAGGCACUCUCUUGCCCUCACUGGCCCUCUACUUACCAAACAUGAUGUCCUCCUGCAGUAACUGAUCCUUUCUGAUGAUGCGUCCAAAGCGAGAGAGUCAGACAGUGUUCUGUUGUGAUCCUUAAGGAUUUCAUUGGCUCAUUUUCAGAAGCAGAUCACCAGGCCUUUCUUCCUAGUCUGUCUUAGUCUGGAAGCUCUGCUGAAACCUGUCCACCAUGGGUCAACCUGCUGGUAUUUGAAAUACUGGUAGCAUAGCUUCAAGUAUCACAGCAACAGGCAAGCCACCACAGAAUGAUAAACUGACAGAUGGGUGGUGAUAAGAUUGCCUGCAUUUUUAUAUUAACACCAAUCGUUGAAUUAGGUUGCUUACAUGUGUUAUAUUAUUUGCGGACUAAACGCCAGACAUGUGCCAAGUGGGGGUAAAUCUGACUUAACUGAGAUGGUUUGUAAAACCAGAAGUGAGCACUGGCUUCCUGUGCGAGAGCGCUACAACCACCUCGGUGUUCACUUCCUCACGCUCGGCACUGCAGCUCUUUCUUGCUCUAGCAGUUAUCUUGAGGAGGCUAGCCUCAGUUUUACGACCCAGUAGAGCCCGUGGACUUUGAAGGACUUCUGAUGACCCACCUGAACAGCCUGGAUCUGGAGCUGACCCAGGAGCUGGGGGACUUCACCGAUGACGACCUAGAUGUGGUGUUCACGCCGAAGGAAUGCAGGACCCUGCAGCCCUCUUUGCCGGAGGAAGGGGUUGAACUGGAUCCUCAUGUCAGAGACUGUGUUCAGACCUAUACUCGGGAAUGGCUAAUUGUGAACCGGAAGAAUCAAGGGAGCUCGGAGACCUGCGGUUUUAAGAAGACUGGAUCCCGAAAAGAUUUUCACAAGACGCUGCAGAAGCAGACAUUUGAGUCAGAGACCUUGGAGUACGCUGUACCCAGUGCUCAGACAGGCCCCCGGAGCUUGCGUGUGCUGUGUGACGUGUCCGGGAAAGGUCCUAUCACUGCCUGUGACUUCGACCUCCGCAGCCUGCAGCCUGACCAGCGGCUCGGACACCUCCUGCAACAUGUCAGCGCCGAAGACUUUGAGCGGCAGAAUGAGGAGGCCCGGAAGACCAACCGGCAGGCCGAGCUGUUCGCCCUCUACCCGUCGGUGGACGAGGAGGAUGCUGUGGAAAUACGUCCGGUACCAGAAUGUCCUAAGGAACAUCUGGGCAACAGAAUCCUGGUCAAGUUGCUGACCCUGAAGUUUGAGAUUGAAAUUGAGCCUCUGUUUGCCAGCAUUGCCCUCUAUGACGUUAAAGAAAGAAAAAAGAUCUCAGAAACUUUCCACUGCGACCUGAACUCGGACCAGUUCAAAGGCUUUCUGCGCACCCACACCCCCUCCGUGGCGGCGUCGAGCCAGGCGAGAUCUGCGGUGUUCUCUGUCACCUACCCCUCCACCGACAUCUACCUGGUCAUCAAGAUAGAAAAAGUCCUUCAGCAAGGAGAGAUCGGAGACUGUGCAGAACCCUACAUGGUUAUCAAAGAAAGCGAUGGUGGAAAGAGUAAAGACAAGAUUGAAAAACUGAAACUUCAAGCAGAGUCCUUCUGCCAGCGUUUAGGGAAGUACCGGAUGCCCUUUGCCUGGGUUCCCAUAAGCCUGAGCAGCUUCUUCAAUGUCUACACCCUCGAAAGGGAGGUAACUGAUGCGGAGACCAUGGUUGGGAGAAGCUCUGUGGGGGAGCGGAGGACUCUGUCCCAAUCCAGAAGGCUUUCUGAGCGAGCCCUGUCCUUGGAGGAAAAUGGGGUUGGACACAACUUCAAAGCCACUCCCAUGAACGUUAACAGCUUUUUUAAGCAGGAGGGAGACCGCCUGAGUGACGAAGACUUGUUCAAGUUCCUAGCUGACUACAAAAGGUCUUCAUCCUUACAGAGGAGGGUCAAGUCCAUUCCAGGCUCACUUAAACUGGAAAUUUCCCCAGCUCCAGAGACUCUCAAUUGCUGUCUGACUCCUGAAAUAUUGCCAGUGAGACCAUUUUCUGAAAACCGGUCACGUCCACUCAAAGAGAUUUUGGAAUUUCCAACCCGGGAAGUAUACGUCCCUCACACUGUGUACAGAAACCUUCUCUACGUUUACCCACAGAGGCUGAACUUUGCUAGCAAGCUGGCAUCUGCCCGGAACAUUACAAUAAAGAUCCAGUUUAUGUGCGGAGAGGAUGCUAGCAACGCUCUGCCGGUCAUCUUUGGAAAGUCCAGUGGGCCUGAAUUUCUGCAGGAAGCGUACACAGCUGUCACUUACCAUAAUAAGUCUCCUGACUUUUAUGAAGAAGUGAAAAUCAAGCUCCCUGCCAAGCUUACAGCAAACCACCACCUCUUGUUCACCUUCUAUCACAUCAGCUGCCAGCAGAAGCAGGGCGCCUCCGUGGAGAGCCUCCUGGGAUACUCAUGGCUGCCAAUGCUCUUAAAUGAACGUCUGCAGAUGGGAUCCUUCUGUCUCCCCGUCGCCUUGGAGAAGCUGCCGCCCAACUACUCCAUGCAUUCUGCAGAGAAAAUCCCUUUACAGAAUCCUCCCGUCAAGUGGGCUGAAGGACAUAAGGGAGUAUUUAAUAUUGAAGUGCAAGCUGUUUCUUCCGUUCACACCCAGGACAACCACCUGGAGAAGUUCUUCACCCUCUGCCACUCCCUGGAGAGCCAGGUGACCUUCCCGCUGCGCGUGCUGGACCAGAAGAUCAGCGAGGGCGCACUGGAGCACGAGCUGAAGCUUAGCAUCAUCUGCCUCAACUCCUCCCGCCUGGAGCCGCUGGUGCUCUUCCUGCACCUGGUGCUUGACAAGCUCUUCCAGCUGUCGGUGCAGCCCAUGGUCAUCGCAGGCCAGACAGCCAACUUCUCCCAGUUUGCCUUCGAGUCCGUGGUAGCCAUUGUCAACAGUCUCCACAACAGCAAGGACCUGAGCAAGGACCAGCACGGGCGGAACUGCUUGCUCGCCUCCUACGUCCACUACGUCUUCCGCCUCCCAGAGCUGCACAGGGAUGUGCCCAAGUCAGGCGGCCUCACUCCUGUCCCUGAUCCUCGUUACCACACUUACGGACGCACUUCUGCCGCCGUUGUGAGUUCGAAGCUGCUACAGGCCCGGGUGAUGAGUAGCAGCAACCCGGACCUCGCGGGGGCACACUCUGCAGCGGACGAGGAAGUAAAGAGCAUCAUGUCGGCAAAGAUUGCUGAUCGCAACUGCAACCGGGUGUCAUACUACAGCUCUGGCAACAACGAUGUCCCGAAUUCGACCUCCGCCCCGAGGCCAGCCAACAAAAAGCAUUUCCAUGAGGAGCUGGCUCUGCAGAUGGUGGUCAGCACUGGGAUGGUGAGGGAAAACGUCUUCAAGUACGCCUGGUUCUUCUUUGAGCUUCUGGUGAAAAGCAUGGCCCAGUAUGUACACAACACAGACAAACGGGACAGUUUUCGGAGGACCCGCUUUUCCGACCGCUUCAAAGAUGACAUAACAACUAUUGUCAACGUGGUCACCUCGGAGAUUGCGGCGCUCUUAGUAAAACCCCAGAAGGAAAAUGACCAGGCGGAAAAGAUCAACAUCAGCCUGGCUUUCUUCUUGUACGACCUCCUCUCCCUCAUGGACCGGGGCUUCGUGUUCAACCUCGUCAGGCAUUACUGCAAUCAGCUGUCGGCCAAGCUCAAUAACCUUCCGACGCUCAUUUCCAUGCGGCUGGAAUUCCUGCGAGUCCUCUGCAGCCACGAGCAUUACCUCAACCUGAACCUCUUCUUCAUGAGCGCUGACACUGCACCAGCAUCGCCCUGCCCCUCUAUAUCUUCCCAGAACUCCAGCUCCGGCUCCAGUCUCCAGGACCAGAAGAUCGCUGGCAUGUUCGACCUGACUCCCGAGUACCGCCAGCAGCACUUCCUCACCGGCCUUCUCUUUACUGAACUGGCUGCUGCUCUGGAUGCCGAAGGGGAAGGAAUCAGCAAAGUGCAAAGGAAGGCUGUCAGCGCCAUCCACAGCCUGCUGAGCAGUCACGACCUGGACCCGCGGUGUGUCAAACCGGACGUGAAGGUCAAAAUUGCUUCCCUCUAUCUGCCCUUGGUCGGCAUCAUUUUGGAUGCUCUGCCACAGUUCUAUGACUUUACAGUUGCAGAUGCCCGUAGUGGAAAAAGUCGAUCCAACGGCUCAGAUGAAGAACAGGAAGGAGGAAGUCCAAUUAACCAGAAUGUAGCCCUGGCCAUCGCUGGGAAUAAUUUUAAUCUGAAGGCCAGCGGAAUUAGCCUGUCUUCUUUGCCCUACAAGCAGUGCAGCGUGCUGAGUGCCGACACCACCCGCAACCUCAUGAUCUGCUUCCUCUGGGUCAUGAAGAACGCUGACCAGAGCCUCAUCCGGAAGUGGAUUGCCGACCUGCCCUCCAUGCAGCUUAACAGGAUUCUAGACCUGCUCUUCAUCUGCGUCUCCUGUUUUGAGUACAAGGGAAAGCAGAGCUCGGAUAAGGUCAGCACCCAGGUCCUGCAGAAGUCCAGGGACGUCAAGGCCCGGCUGGAGGAGGCACUGCUGCGUGGGGAAGGGGCCCGAGGAGAGAUGAUGCGGCGCCGGACUCCAGGGAAUGACCGAUUUCCAGGCCUCAGUGAGAACCUGAGAUGGCGGAAAGAGCAGACACAUUGGCGGCAAGCUAAUGAGAAGCUAGAUAAGACAAAGGCAGAGCUGGAUCAAGAGGCCUUGAUCAGUGGCAACCUGGCUACCGAGGCGAAUUUAAUCAUCCUGGACAUGCAGGAAAAUAUCAUCCAGGCCACCUCGGCUCUGGACUGUAAGGACAACCUGCUGGGAGGUGUCCUGAGGGUCCUGGUGAAUUCUCUAAGCUGUGAUCAGAGCACCACGUACCUGACGCACUGCUUCGCCACGCUCCGGGCUCUCAUUGCUAAGUUCGGAGACCUGCUGUUCGAGGAGGAGGGGGAGCAGUGUGCGGACCUGUGCCAGCGUGUGCUGCAUCACUGCAGCAGCAGCAUGGACGUCACCCGGAGCCAAGCCUGCGCCACCCUCUACCUGCUCAUGCGGUUCAGCUUCGGAGCCGUCAGUAACUUUGCAAGAGUAAAGAUGCAGGUAACCAUGUCCCUGGCAUCUUUGGUGGGCAAAGCACAAGACUUUAAUGAGGAGCACCUGAGAAGAUCCUUGAGGACGAUUUUGGCCUAUGCAGAAGAGGACACGGCCAUGCAGACCACUCUUUUCCCCACGCAGGUGGAGGAACUUCUGUACAACCUGAAUAGCAUCUUAUAUGACACUGUGAAAAUGAGGGAAUUUCAGGAAGACCCUGAGAUGCUUAUGGAUCUCAUGUACAGAAUCGCCAAGAGCUACCAGACGUCUCCUGACCUGCGGCUGACCUGGCUCCAGAACAUGGCAGAAAAGCACACCAAGAGGAAGUGCUACACGGAGGCGGCCAUGUGCCUGGUGCACGCGGCCGCACUGGUGGCCGAGUACCUGAGCAUGCUGGAGGACCACAGCUACCUACCCGUGGGCAGUGUCAGCUUUCAGAACAUCUCAUCCAAUGUGCUGGAGGAGUCUGCAGUAUCUGACGACACCCUGUCUCCCGACGAAGACGGCGUGUGCUCAGGCCGGUACUUCACCGAGAGCGGCCUGGUAGGCCUCCUGGAGCAGGCCGCUGAGCUCUUCAGCACGGGGGGCUUGUACGAGACGGUUAAUGAAGUGUACAAGCUGGUCAUCCCCAUCUUGGAAGCGCAUCGAGACUUCCGGAAGCUGACCGCCACUCACAGCAAGCUGCAGAAGGCUUUUGACAGCAUCAUAAACAAGGGACAUAAGAGAAUGUUUGGAACCUACUUCCGAGUUGGUUUCUAUGGAUCCAAAUUUGGGGAUUUGAAUGGCCAGGAAUUUGUGUACAAGGAGCCUGCAAUUACCAAGCUUCCUGAAAUCUCCCACAGGCUAGAGGGGUUCUAUGGGCAGUGUUUUGGUGCAGGAUUUGUGGAAGUGAUCAAAGACUCGACACCUGUGGACAAAGCUAAAUUGGAUCCUAACAAGGCCUACAUCCAGAUCACCUUUGUGGAGCCCUACUUUGAUGAGUAUGAGAUGAAAGACAGGGUGACCUACUUCGAGAAGAGCUUCAACCUGCGGAGGUUCAUGUACACGACGCCCUUCACCCUGGAGGGGCGCCCCCGGGGGGAUCUGCAGGAGCAGUACCAGCGCAACACUGUCCUGACCACCAUGCACGCCUUCCCCUACAUCAAGACCCGCAUCAGAGUUAUCCAGAAGGAGGAGUUUGUGCUGACACCAAUUGAAGUCGCCAUUGAAGAUAUGAAGAAGAAGACCCUGCAGUUAGCUGUUGCCGUUAACCAGGAGCCCCCUGACGCAAAGAUGCUUCAGAUGGUGCUACAAGGCUCAGUGGGAACAACUGUAAACCAGGGACCCCUGGAAGUGGCCCAAGUGUUCCUGGCCGAGAUCCCAGCUGACCCCAAACUCUAUCGACACCACAACAAGCUAAGGCUAUGCUUUAAGGAGUUCAUCAUGCGAUGUGGUGAGGCCGUGGAGAAAAACAAGCGCCUCAUCACUGCCGACCAGAGGGAGUAUCAGCAGGAACUCAAAAAGAACUACAGCAAGCUGAGAGAGAACCUCAGGCCCAUGAUGGAGCGGAAAAUUCCAGAGCUCUACAAGCCGAUAUUCCGAGUGGAGAGUCAAAAGAGAGACUCCUUCCACAGAUCCAGUUUCAGGAAAUGUGAGACCCAGUUGUCACAGGACAGCUAAGAAAAGCCAUCUUCACCCUUGGAGGCGCUGGGGCCCUGGAGAGAUAGGACAUUUCCACCCAGGACAGCCCGCAAGCUCCCUAAAACCAAGUCUGAGAGCUUUGGGGUCUAUGGGACCACGGGAAUUAGACCCAAUGGACUUUGACCCGAAGUGGGCCAUACUGGAUUGAGGGUGCCUGUGUAUUUAUUAAAACAUGUUUUCACAAGGUUGUACCACAUGGGGCCUAAGUGGCUUAUCCUGCUAAGUGGUCACUCACCAUCUGCAUGGCAAGAUGACUUCCUCUGGCUUGGAUUGGGACUUACAAGAUAAAUUGCCUAGGCAAAAAUUGGAAAAUUGGCCCACCAACUUAUUCCAAAUGAACUCACUCAUCCCCUCUUUCAGGGAAGGAAGAAGGAGCUUGAGGGAGGGGCAACAUUUUCCAUACACUUGUGAGAGGACAAGAGGGCUACACUAGAAAUCUAAAACUCCUGAUGGCUACAAGUUUAGGGGUACAUUCGUUACCUGCAGGGUUCUUACCCUUUUGGUAAUGGUGGACUCGUUGCAUGGUUAUUUUUGCUUUAUUGUUAAGUUAAAUGCAUGUGUGUUUAUAGAGCAACACACCAGAAACAUUGACUUCGGAGACACAUGGUACUCUGAGCCCUCAGCCAAAGCUUGUGGAUGUUGCAAUCACUUAAAUUGAAUCAGUUCCCAGUGCUUUGCGUUUUUUCUUUUCACGCGCUCGCUCUCACUCACUCUCCCUUUUUUCCGCCCACUCUGGGACCAGGUUUGUUCUAUGAAAGGAUAAUAUCUCUGCUUUCUUUUCAGAACACUGUGCCGAGUGUCUGCCUAUGUACAAAAUGAUAUCCAGCUUUGCAUUCUUUUUGGACAACAUAUUUCAGAAAACAGAUGAACGAAGUUAUUAUUUGAGAAUUAAAUUAUAUAUUUUUAAUAUGACUAUCUUGACUUAUACUAACAAUGUAAUAAGAAUUACAAACAAAACGUUUCCCCUUUUGACUGAUUUUUUUUUUUUUUUAGAACUCGUAACUUUUUUUUUUAAAAUCACUUCAGAGAGGAAAGAGGCAUAAUCAUGGCCUUGGUCAAAGAGUGUUUUCUAGACUGCUCCUCUUGUUCAGUAAUUAGUCUUUGUGGCCACGAGGGAGAAUGUAGUUUGGACAUUACAGAGCUUUUUUUUUGUUUGUUUGUUUAUGGCAUCAGGUAUGCAUGAAUUUAUAUUCUUGAAAGAGGGCAUUUUUUAAAAAGUAACCAAAGCUUACUAGUUUCAGUGCCUUUUUUUAGUCAUUGGGGGAAGAACUCUUUCUAAAAUACAUUAUACAUUUAACUGAUUAAAUGAGCAGACAGAGCAAAAUUUUAUUCCACGUGUAUUUUCAUAUGUAUUAAGCACCUUCUGUGUGGGAUAUACUGUCUGAGACAUGUGGUCAUAAAACAUUGUUGCUGCCCGCCAGUGCCUCUCAGUUCAUAUGUGUGUGUCCGUAACACAAGACAGAGCAGAGCAGAGCCCAUAGAAAGGAACCUUUUCUGAGUGACUCAGGGAUGCCUGUCAUUGUCAACACCUAACUAUAUUCUGCCUGAAAACAGAAGGGGCUCUGAGUUAUGUAGAAGUCCCUGGGUGGUACAAAUGGUUAAGUGCUCGGCUGCUAACUGAAGAGUUGGUGUUUUGAGCCCACCAGAGGUGCCUUGGAAGAAAGGCCUGGCUAUCCCUUCUAAAAAACCAACCAUUGAAAACCCUAUGGAGCACAGUUCUACUCUGACCCACAUGGGGUUGCCAUGGGUUGGAAUUGACUGGGUGGCAACUGGGGUGGUUUGGUUUUUAAGCUGUGUAAGUCUGGCUAUAAACCCUCAUGACCAAAAAAAAUGAUCUAAAAUGUUCCUGAUUAAAUGUCCCCUAUGUUUAGAUCCCUGGUGGUACUUUUUUGUUUUUGUGUUAUUUUUUUGUUUUCUCUCUUAUACCACGGUGGGUGCCGCUUGCUGCUUAAGUGAAGAACCGUGUUCAUUGUCAUGUUCCUGUCCCUUAGCCCAGUGCUCAACACACAGAAAAUCCAUUGCUGUCAAGUCAAUUCUGGCUCAUAGCAACCCUAUAGGACAGAGUAGAACUGACCCAUAGGGUUUCCAAGGAGCGGCUGGUGGAUUCAAACUGCAGACCUUUUGGUUAGCAGCCGUAGCCCUUAACCACUGCACCGUCGGGGCUCCCAGCACACAGAAGACAAUAAAUAUCUGCUGCAUGAGCAAA